AUGGCGACGCUCCAGCACCAGAACCAGGGGGCGGCGGCGCCGAUGACCACGACUGGCGGCGGGCUGCGCGCCAUGGACCUCUACGAGAAGCUGGAGAAGGUCGGGGAGGGCACCUACGGCAAGGUGUACAAGGCCCGGGAGAAGGCGACGGGCCGGAUCGUGGCGCUCAAGAAGACGCGCCUCCCGGAGGACGACGAGGGCGUGCCCCCCACGGCGCUCAGGGAGGUCUCGCUGCUGCGGAUGCUGUCGCAGGACCCGCACGUCGUGCGCCUGCUGGAUCUCAAGCAGGGCCAGAACAAGGAGGGCCAGACCAUCCUCUACCUCGUCUUCGAGUACAUGGACACCGACCUCAAGAAAUUCAUCCGCGGCCACCGCCAGAACCACGAGAAGAUCCCCGCCCACACCGUCAAGAUCCUGAUGUACCAGCUCUGCAAGGGCGUGGCUUUCUGCCACGGACGCGGUGUCCUGCACCGUGACCUCAAGCCCCACAACCUGCUCAUGGACCGCAAGACCAUGGCUCUCAAGAUCGCCGAUCUUGGGCUCAGUCGUGCCUUCACGGUUCCUCUCAAGAAGUACACACACGAGAUCCUUACUCUGUGGUACAGAGCUCCUGAGGUCCUUCUUGGCGCCACACACUACUCAACGCCGGUUGACAUGUGGUCUGUGGGCUGCAUAUUUGCUGAGUUGAUCACUACCACGGCACUUUUCCCUGGAGACUCUGAGGUGCAGCAGCUCCUGCACAUUUUCAAGUUGCUGGGCACUCCAAAUGAGGAUGUCUGGCCAGGAGUAGGCAAACUCCCGAACUGGCAUGAGUACCCUCAGUGGAACGUCUCAAAGCUGUCUUCUGUAAUUCCUAGUCUCGAUGCCGAUGGUAUUGAUCUGCUUGAGAAAAUGCUGCAGUAUGAGCCGGCAAAGCGAAUCUCUGCGAAGAAGGCCAUGGAGCACCCAUACUUUGAUGAUGUGGACAAGGCAUCUUUACCUCUGUUAUUCCAGCUGCCAUUUAGUUUUGCCCCAUUGACUGAUGGUUGUGAUGGAUAG